AUGAGUGAUGAGAUGAGCGCGGGAACUCCUGAUGACGAAGCAGAGACCGGUGUCGAAGAUCUACAAAUCGAUCAGCAACUUGAGACAUCGCAACCAGCGGAAGUAGAAGAGGAUGUGCUGGAACAAGGUGAAGAGGAACGCCUCCGGCAGGAAGAGCAUGACCGCAGGCAGUCAUUACUUGCCCGACUUGAGCGUUCUCGCGAAGAACAAGAGAGGCUGGAUGAAGAGUGGGAGCAGGAGCGGCUCGAACAGGAGUUGAACCAACCGGCCGGGCCCUGGCCGGAAACCCCUCAGGGACAUCCACCAGCAAGGGACCUCUCAGAACGGCCGGUGACCCAGCUAGAUCUUGGUAACAUAUCAAUGCCUGAUCAGAAUGACCGUAGCAGCGAUACUCCACCGCCCAGUGGCCGGCCAACAGUAGAAGCCGAAAUUCCUUUGCCCCGUAGAGUUAAAAUCUCCUUCUGGUCCUUAACGCGUGGCCAGUGGAGACGAACUGAGUGUCUUGAAGUAGAUCCCUUGGACCACUCCCCGGUUGAACGAGCUGCAUCAGAGAACACAUGUAAGAAGUUUUCCUUGUAUGAUAUGAACAUACAGAGCCUCAGCCCUGCCCAGUGCUUCCGGGCAGCAACUGCGGACGGAAAUAACAGAAUUUUCCUGCUCUCCGAGGAGGAGGGAAGGAAGUUAACCGCUGAGGGGAGACUCAUCCCUGACAAAAAGCUUCUAGACUCUAUACGGGAUAUUGAUCGACUAGCAAAGAAGCGACGUAGAUGA